CUAUGCCAUCACUCUGUCAAAACAAAAGCCAAAAAACCCAAAAAUCAAAAUCCUCAUUUUGACCCUACUCUCUGAAAAUCAUUUCACCUUUGUCCCCAAACGGCUUCCACCAUGUGUGGCGGUGCUAUAAUCUCCGACUUAAUAUCUCCGAUGACGGUGCAACCUUCGAUGCGGGUGACUGCUGAUCUGAUAUGGCCUGAUCUGAAGAACCGGAGCUCAUGCAAGCCCAGGAAGGUGGUCAAGCGGAACGAUGACGAUGACUUCGAGGCUGAUUUUAAGGAGUUCAAGUCGUGCAAGUCCAGGAAGGUGAUCAAUCUGGACGAUGACUUCGAGGCUGAUUUUAAGGAAUUCAAGGGCGAAGAAUCGGACGAGGAAGAGGAACUGGAUGUGAAGCCCCUCGUUUUCUCUGCCGCCCCUCCUCAAGCUGAGAGCCGCAGCCGUGGGAUCUCUCGUGGCUCUACGAUUACAAAAACUAUGGAAUUCGGUGGGCAAGCUGAGAAAUCUGCUAAGAGGAAGAGAAAGAACCAGUAUCGAGGAAUCCGGCAGCGCCCUUGGGGAAAAUGGGCAGCCGAGAUUCGCGACCCUCAGAAAGGGGUCCGGGUAUGGUUAGGAACUUUUAAUACUGCAGAAGAAGCUGCCAGAGCUUAUGAUGCUGAAGCACGUAGAAUUCGUGGAAAGAAAGCUAAGGUGAAUUUCCCUGAGGAGACUCCACUGGCUUCUCCAAGGCGUUCAGUGAAGGUAAACUCUUAUUCACCGGUUCCUAAGGCCAAUCUGAACUCUGUCCAACCACAUGUGGACCAAAAUAUGUAUGGCCUGAACAAUCCUGAUCUGGAUUGUUAUGGUAAUAUGGGAUUGUUGGAAGAGAAACCACCUACGAAUCAGUUUGGAUGUCUGGACACUUCGACUGCCAAUGGAAGUGUUGGUGUCAAGUCCAUUUCUUCCUCCGAGAAUACCCCGAUGUAUUUCAAUUCAGACUCAGGGAGUAACUCUUUGGAUUGUUCAGAUUAUGGGUGGGGGAAAACAGGUCCUGGAACUCCUGAAAUCUCAUCUGUUAUUUCAGCUUUGGAAGGUGAUGACUUGCUCUUCAUGGAAGAUGCUAACCCCAAGAAGAAGCAGAAGUCCAGCUGUGAGGAGGUGGUGCCUGCUCAAGAGAAGUCUGCUAAAUCCCUGACUGAUGAGCUUAUGGAUUUUGAUUCACAGAUGAAGCUCCUUCCGAUUCCUUGUCUUGACGGGAGUUGGGAUGCUGGACUUGAUAGUUUCCUUAACGGAGACUCAACUCAAGACGGAGGGAACUUUAUGGAUCUUUGGAACUUUGAUAAUCUCUCCUCCACGCAGGUGGCGGGGGGAGUUUUCUAAAUGAAUUUGGUCUGCUUCCUGGCUCUUGUAUAUAAAGCUACAUGUUAGGUUGGUUGUCUGACAUGAAGAUGGAGUACUAGAGAGCCUUUAUGAGGAGUUCCCCGAGUCUGGAUGUUUUGGUACAUGGGGGGUAUUAGUAUGACAUGGUUGUUUAGGUGCAUUUUUUUAAUGUUUGAGACGUUUGACGACUGCCGGAUGUGUGAAUUUGGCAAGUCCUGAAACCAAAUAAUAUAUAUUUACUUUGUUUCUACAUGGUCUUUGGUUUUAACUAGAGGCCAUAAAUCUUUGAUGGAUUGCUUUUUAUAAAAUAAAAUCAGAAUGAAUGGAAGGAGAAAA